UAAAACCAAAGGAGCCACACUGUUUGCCAUAGGUGUUCAGGUAUGUACUCGUACUCCUAGUGUAAAACCAAAGGAGACACACUGUUUGCCAUAGGUGUUCAGGUAUGUACUCGUCCUCCUAGUGUAAAACCAAAGGAGACACACUGUUUGCCAUAGGUGUUCAGGUAUGUACUCGUACUCCUAGUGUAAAACCAAAGGAGCCACACUGUUUGCCAUAGGUGUUCAGGUAUGUACUCGUACUCCUAGUGUAAAACCAAAGGAGCCACACUGUUUGCCAUAGGUGUUCAGGUAUGUACUCGUACUCCUAGUGUAAAACCAAAGGAGCCACACUGUUUGCCAUAGGUGUUCAGGUAUGUACUCGUACUCCUAGUGUAAAACCAAAGGAGCCACACUGUUUGCCAUAGGUGUUCAGGUAUGUACUCGUACUCCUAGUGUAAAACCAAAGGAGCCACACUGUUUGCCAUAGGUGUUCAGGUAUGUACUCGUACUCCUAGUGUAAAACCAAAGGAGCCACACUGUUUGCCAUAGGUGUUCAGGUAUGUACUCGUACUCCUAGUGUAAAACCAAAGGAGCCACACUGUUUGCCAUAGGUGUUCAGGUAUGUACUCGUACUCCUAGUGUAAAACCAAAGGAGCCACACUGUUUGCCAUAGGUGUUCAGGUAUGUACUCGUACUCCUAGUGUAAAACCAAAGGAGCCACACUGUUUGCCAUAGGUGUUCAGGUAUGUACUCGUACUCCUAGUGUAAAACCAAAGGAGCCACACUGUUUGCCAUAGGUGUUCAGGUAUGUACUCGUACUCCUAGUGUAAAACCAAAGGAGCCACACUGUUUGCCAUAGGUGUUCAGGUAUGUACUCGUACUCCUAGUGUAAAACCAAAGGAGCCACACUGUUUGCCAUAGGUGUUCAGGUAUGUACUCGUACUCCUAGUGUAAAACCAAAGGAGCCACACUGUUUGCCAUAGGUGUUCAGGUAUGUACUCGUACUCCUAGUGUAAAACCAAAGGAGCCACACUGUUUGCCAUAGGUGUUCAGGUAUGUACUCGUACUCCUAGUGUAAAACCAAAGGAGCCACACUGUUUGCCAUAGGUGUUCAGGUAUGUACUCGUACUCCUAGUGUAAAACCAAAGGAGCCACACUGUUUGCCAUAGGUGUUCAGGUAUGUACUCGUACUCCUAGUGUAAAACCAAAGGAGCCACACUGUUUGCCAUAGGUGUUCAGGUAUGUACUCGUACUCCUAGUGUAAAACCAAAGGAGCCACACUGUUUGCCAUAGGUGUUCAGGUAUGUACUCGUACUCCUAGUGUAAAACCAAAGGAGCCACACUGUUUGCCAUAGGUGUUCAGAGGACAAAGUCCUUGAGUGGGGAGGUUGCUUGUACCCUCAGACUGUCUGUCGCUAUAAAACGCAAGAUACAGACCUAUUACUGGAAGAACAGAGAUUUCAUGGACCUACAGCCUGAAUUCAACAUGUACGAUGUGCCCAGAGACAUGGUUUGGUGUAAGGAUACAAUUUGUGUUGGCUUCAAGCGGGACUAUUUCAUUGUUAAGAUAAAUACAGGGAACACCAAAGAGUUGUUUCCGGUCGGAACCAAACAACAAGAUCCCAUUGUAACACGACUGGAGAAUGAUACUCUUCUACUUGGGAGGGAUGAAAUGUCCAUUCUCAUCGAUGACGAGGGAAGCCCAACCCAGAAAUACCCCAUCAACUGGACAGAUAUCCCCAUACAAAUAGAAAAUCACCCUCCAUAUAUCAUAGCCUUAUUACCCAAACAUGUGGAAAUUCGAACGAUAUCCCCACGUCUUCUCAUACAGAACAUUGAGCUCCAGAAGGCCCGCUACAUCUGUCAGGGGAGUGGUUGUAUAUACGUGGCCUCGUCUAACCAUGUGUGGAAGCUGAAUGCCAUGCCUAUAGCUUAUCAGAUUCGACAACUGCUGGAGGCUAAUCAGUUUGAACUAGCUCUACAUCUUGCUGAUAUGACAGAGGAGCCAGAGGAUGAGAAGCAGACACGAAUUAACCGAAUAAAAACUCUUCAUGCAUUUAAUUUAUUUUGUGAACGCAAGUUUGAAGAAUCCAUGUCAAUAUUUGUCAAGUUAGGAACUGAUCCGUCCCACGUGAUAGGGCUGUACCCUAACCUCCUACCCAAUGAGUACCGUAGUCAACUGGAGUACCCAAAGAGACCACCAGAGCUGGAAGGGGGCGAUCUGGAGAAAGGUCUUCUAUCCCUACAGGACUAUCUUACACAGAAAAGGGUAGACGUAUGUAAAGAUAUCAAUAAGGAGGUUCAGACAACGGCCAUCAAGGAGGGCAACAAAACCAUCAAGUCCAAACGUCAACUCAGUCAGAUCAUCGAUACCACCCUGCUGAAAUGUUACUUACAGACGAAUGACGCCCUGGUGGCGCCACUGUUGAGAAUCAAAGACAACAACUGUCAUGUGGAGGAGAGUGAGAAAAUCCUCAAACGUAAAGAGAAGUUUAGUGAACUCAUUAUCCUGUAUGAGAAGAAAGGACUUCAUCAGAAAGCCCUAAACUUACUGAUGAACCAGGCUGCCCGUCCCAGCUCACCACUCAAAGGCCAUGACCGCACUGUGCAAUAUUUACAACAUCUAGGGCGAGAUCACUUAGACCUGAUAUUUGAGUAUGCUGAGUGGGUGUUAAAACAGCAUCCGGAGGACGGACUCAAAAUUUUUACUGAAGACUUACCAGAGGUGGACAGCCUGCCUAGAGAACAGAUUUUCAAAUAUCUGGAAAAAACAGCAAAAGAUCUUGCCAUUCCUUACUUGGAACACGUUAUUUUGGAGUGUGAUGACCAUACACCAGACUUCCACAACGCUCUGGCACAACUACUACGAGAUAAAGUCCAGGCUCUGAUGGCCGACUACAUCCAAUCUCUCCCUGAAGGGCACCUGCCAAGUAAGGCUGGACAGGAACAGGGUGAGCUGGGGGAAUAUCGCAGGAAGUUGAUACAGUUCUUACAGGUGUCGCAUGACUAUGUACCAGAGAGGCUGCUAACACGAUUCCCGCUAGACAGUUUCUACGAGGAGCGGGCUAUACUACUGGGGAGGUUAGGGAGACAUGAGUUGGCUCUGGGAAUCUACGUCCACAUUCUACAUGAUACACCCGCCGCUGAACGAUAUUGUCAUGAAUACUCUGAAAGAAACAGAGAGGAGAAUAAAGAUGUGUACCUGGACCUACUGAAGAUGUAUUUACAGCCCCCCUCCUCCUCCUCCCUCGGAAUCUCCCCUGGUCAAGGGUUUACACCAAAACCUAGUAUGGAGGCAGCUCUUCGACUAAUGAAGGAACAUGCUGCUAAAAUUGACUCCACUAAGGCCUUGGAGAUGUUACCAGCAGCAACUAACAUAGAGGAGAUCUUAAACUACCUUGAAAGUGUGAUGGAACAUCAGGCAACAGAACGGCGAAAAAAUCAGAUCCUCAAAAGCAUGUUUUAUGCUGAAAAUUUACAGGUCCAUGAGCAGAGAAUGUUUUAUCAUAAACACAAAGUGGUGAUCAAUGAUGAAAAGAUGUGUAAAGUCUGCAAGAAACGAAUUGGAAACAGUGCGUUUGCCAGAUACCCGAGUGGGAUGGUCGUCCAUUAUUUCUGCUGUAAGGAUCCUAAAGUGAACCCUGUGGAGAAAUGACAAGGGAGGAUUUCAUAGGUGUCAGAAUUGUGAUAAAUAAUGUACAGACAUUCCUACCAGAAAUACAAUUUCCUGUCAACAUAGGCUGGUCGGACAUUCCUGCAGAAAGGUUAAAAUACAAAUUCCUGUCAACAUAGGCUGGUCGGACAUUCCUGCAGAAAGGUUGAAAUACAAAUUCCUGUCAACAUAGGCUGGUUGGACAUUCCUCCGGAAAGGUUAAAAUACAAAUUACUAGUGCAGUCAUCACAGUGUCCUGGUCACUCAGUGUAGACAAACACUGUCCGAGUUAAUUCACUACCAUUUAGUUAGGCCUAACACAAACCCACAGGGUAUACAGAAACAUGUAUUUAAGAUGGAAGGUUAGUCGAGUUAAAACUGUAUGUGGUUUGUAUAUUAUAAGUGUUGAUGAGGAGUACUUGGCACACCCUGGACAGCUAAAUUGUGUGCAAUAAGUCGUCGGGACACAAAAUGAAGGUUGUCAUACACGAGUGUUUAUAAAAGGAGAGGCUUUGUAUGGCUGCUGGGAUAAAUGUUUUUUUACUUGAGUAUGUUUCAGGAACGCUGAAUGAAAUAUAAAUCAGUGUCCUCCUGAAUCACUAUAGAAAGGUCAGUUUGUGAAACUAAAUGUAUACAAAAAAUAGGUAAUCUACAGUACCUGUUAUGUAAGGGAAGCAUUUUAAAGAUUGUACCAAAGAUUUCAAAUAUACAAGCAUAAUCGAAUAAUAAGAAAGGCCUAGGAUUUAACUUUCACACGGUAUACAGGUAUCCGACAAGUGUGUUUGUAACAGAGAGAUAGGCUUAACACAAGUGAGUAUACGUCUGGUGAGUUUGAUUCUGUGGGAGAAUGAUAUUACCUUUAGUUGUUGCCUUAUUAAAAGUAUACACUACAGAAAUCAAAAUACCUGGGCCCACUUGUAUAAAACAUCUCAAAGUUAAGGAAAAUUUCAAGCAAUGUAUUGUCUAUGGGAAAUCUUAGACUUGAGGAAAUCUCAAGAGUUGAGAUGUUUUAUACAAGUGGGCCCUGGACCUAGUUUUCAAAUGCCAACAGUUCGGAAAGAAACACUGUAGUAGAAGAAAUUGAAAAUUAAUUAUUGAAAUUCUUUUAUCUGUGAACAAACAGUUUGUUUGGAUUACCAGGAGUGUCAGUAUUCACAAGUUACAUGCUGUAUUACUUAAAAGAAUGGGACAACAGCUGUAUGUCAGAUAUGACAGGGUGUCAGAAUACACAAGUUACAUGCGGUAUUACUUAAAAGAAUGGGAUAACAGCUGUAUGUCAGAUAUGACAGGGUGUCAGAAUACACAAGUUACAUGUGGUGGUACUUAUAAGAAGGAUGUCAGAAUACUCAGGUUACAGUAUACAGGGUUCACUGUAGUACACUACUGUACAAACUCUGUUUAGUCAAGCAAUCCAGUCUGAGGGCCAUAUUUUUAACUCUGUCAAGAAUGACCCUGACAGUUGAUUGUUGAUGUUGUUUAAGUUCACUUUAAUCAUAUGUUGAAUUAUAUAUAGGAAAGAUGUGAGAUCUUUAGUGUAAAUUCAAUGAAAACUCUGAAAUUAUGAUUAAAUUUGGAUGCAUUUGCUUGCCAAUCUGUAGUGAAUACUGUAAGAUUGUCUUCCUGAUUAAUUUGUAUAGUUUUGUUUGCAAUUAUCUUGGUGAAAAAAAAUCCUAAAUUAACUCUUGUUGCACUGGAGUGGAGGAAUGUCCCUAUCAGCUUGGGGAAAAGUCAUGUUCAAGUGAAGCUAAGUACUCCAGAUGGUUGGCAUUUCCUGUCAACAGGUUUUAGGCUCCUCAUAUGUAUCCUAAAUGGAAAGUGACUGUAUAAAAACAUUAUUCUAGAACCUCAAAUAACAUUUGAUUAUCCUUAAAAAGAAUAGGGGAAUGGGGUUUUCCUCUGAUAACAGAAGGGGGAGAAUGCAAAGAUUCAUGAAUAAUUUACUACUAUAAGUGCUUGGUCUAUUCAUCUGGUCUGUUUUGAACAAGAAAAUGAUCACAGUUUGGAAUAAUAAGAAUUACCUGACACGAGAUGUGGAUGUAAAGGGUAAAAGUUAACCUGUUUGUAACGGUACUAACUGAGUGAUGCUCUGUCUAUAUGACAAGCUGAUGUGUAUAUGAAAGGUCUUUUAUGUCAUGAGAAGGAAUGAAUGAAGAAAUGUAAAAUAAAUUUAUUUGCACAA